AUGGCCAGGGGCUCGGGCUUCGCGCCACCGCCGCUGCUGGUGUUGCUGGUGCUGGUGGUGACUCGCUGUGCGGCGGCGCAGAACAACUGCACGUGCCCCACCAACAGGAUGACCGUGUGCAGCCCGGACGGCCCCGGCGGCCGCUGCCAGUGCCGCGCGCUCGGCUCCAGAGUGGUGGUCGACUGCUCCACGCUGACCUCCAAGUGCCUGCUGCUUAAGGCGCGCAUGACCGCCCCGAAGACCGGCCGCACGCUGGUGCGGCCUAGCGAGCAUGCGAUCUUGGACAACGAUGGCCUCUACGACCCCGAGUGCGACCACGAGGGCCGCUUCAAGGCGCGCCAGUGCAACCAGACGUCGGUGUGCUGGUGCGUGAACUCGGUGGGCGUGCGCCGCACAGACAAGGGUGAUCAGAGCCUGCGUUGCGACGAGGUGGUGCGCACCCAUCACAUCCUUAUCGACCUGCGCCACCGCCAGACAGACCGCGCCUUCAACCACUCGGACCUGGACACCGAGCUGCGGCGGCUCUUCCACGAGCGCUAUCGCCUGCACCCCAGGUUCGUGGCGGCGGUGCACUACGAGGAGCCCACCAUCCAGAUCGAGCUCCGGCAGAACGCAUCGCAGAAGGCCCCCGGCGACGUGGACAUCGGAGACGCCGCCUACUACUUCGAGAGGGACGUCAAGGGCGAGUCGCUGUUCCAGGGCCGCCGUGAUCUGGACGUGCGUGUCCGCGGGGAACCCCUGCAAGUGGAGCAGACACUCAUCUACUACCUGGACGAGAAACCUCCCCAGUUCUCCAUGAAGCGCCUUACCGCGGGCCUCAUCGCCGUCAUCGCGGUGGUCGCAGUGGCCCUUGUCGCCGGCGUAGUCGUCCUGGUGAUCACCAACCGUAGGAAGUCAGGGAAGUACAAGAAGGUGGAGAUCAAGGAGAUGGGGGAACUGAGAAAUGAACCGAGCUUGUAG